AUGCGUUCGGUGAGACGGACUCAUACUAAGUUGCCCGCUCCAGCCAAAAAACCUUCGUCGAAGCGUAAUGUCCGCAAGCUGCCGCCAUCAGGCAAAAAAUCAUCGUUGAAAGCCAACAUUCCCAGAACAACCACUCCAGUCAACGCUGCCUUGGCGGACCCCUAUCUUCAACUGGCCAUUCGCACCUCUGCAUCGCUAAAAAAACAAAUAAAGAGCGGAAUUGAAAUGGAUGUGGCGGUUGGGGGAUCUCACACCAAGAAUUUGGUCCAACAUGGGUUCAAUCGCCACGAGGUGGAAGUCAUAUUGCGUACAGCUAGACUCGAUCAUGCGAAAGUACAAGACCUUUUGAAACAAUACGAUACGGCCGUGAAAAAAACUUCCAUAACUGCCAUAUUGGAUGAUGUGACUGAAUUCAACAACCGCCAAUCUCUUUCUCCUGAUUUUCUCACCAAAGUUGAAGCCCGCGCCGCCAAAGUUAUUGUAAACAGAGUAAUUGACGAUCCACAACGACUUCAUCUCAAUUCGGAAAUGCCAUUUUAUGACGAGUGGAAUAGUGGAGAAGAUACUGGACAUCUAUGA